AUGGGGGAAACUAACUAUGUCCUACACAAGGAGGAAAGAAUAGGCAGCUCAGUCACAAUGGCAAAAGUUAGAGAGUUCAAGAAAUAUGCUGAGGAGUUUUCACUGAUGGACCUUAAAUACACAGGAGCAUUUUUUGCAUGGACAAACAAACAAAGUGGAGGGGAUAGGGUACUCAGCCGAAUUGAUAGAGUAAACGAUGAGUGGAACCUUAAACUACCUGCAUCAGUAGUACAUGAUAGAAAUGAGUGGUUGUUUGAUCAUUGCCCAGCUGUUAUAAGUUGGGAACAUGGAAACAAAGGGAAGAACAAACUGUUUAAGUACUAUAACAUGUGGAGCUUGGCAGCAGAUUUCAAGGAAAAAGUUAAAGCUGGUUGGAAGACCGAAAGGAACGGCACUAAAAUGUAUGAAUUAGUGGGGAAGCUACAUAGAAUCAAACAUACUUUGCAACAUCUGAAUAAAGAUAAAUUUAGUGAAGUAGAGAAGAAGGCAGAUGAGGCAAUAAUGAAGCUGCAAAAAUUUCAAGAAGACAUUCAAAACGACUAUUGCGGUACUGAGUUGAUCGAAGAAGAAAAGAAAUUAUCCCAGGAAUGUAGAUCAUGGAACAAGGCUAGAGAACAGUAUCUGAGACAAAAGUCCAAAAUACAGUGGCUAACUCAAGAUGACAUGAACACGAAAUUCUUUCAUAGCAUGAUGAAGGAAAGAGACCAGGUAUGCAGUCACUUGGUAAGACAGGGGCCAACAGUUUCUGCUAUGCAUAGAACAAAGCUAAUAGAGGACUUUACUGAGAAGGAAGUGAAGGAAGCAUUAUGGGCUAUUGAUGGGGACACGGCACCAGGACUAGAUGGUUUUGGAAGUCAAUUCUUCAAAGAUGGCUGGGAAGUUGUAGGAAGGGAUGUGGUAGAUGCUGUGAUGGAGUUCUUCAAGAAUGGGAAAAUUCUCAAAGAGUGGAAUGAUAUAGUAAUCGCCCUCAUACCAAGGAGUGGACAUGCUUCUAGUGUAGGAGAUUACAGGCCAAUAGCAUGCUCUAGUAGAAGCAUUGUGCAGAACAUACUCAUUUUCCAAGAUUUAGUAAGAUUAUACAACAGGAAAGCCACAACUAAGAUUUGUUUGAUCAAAAUUAAUCUCAAGAAAGCAUAUGAUGCAGUAGAAUGGGGGUUUGUAGAGGAGAUGUUAUAUGCUAUGAACUUCCCUGGAAAGUUCAUCAAAUGGGUGAUGAAUUGUAUAUCUACACCACAAUACAGUAUAACUUUGAAUGGGGGAUUAUAUGGAAAUAUUCAGGGCAAAAGGGGAUUAAGGCAGGGGGAUCCUAUAUCACCACUGUUAUUUGUCAUAUGCAUGGAGUAUUUCUCUAGAAUAAUGGGGAGGUAG